AUGGGUGAAGAUACUGUUCCUUACACUUUGAACCUUUGUUCUGCUGAAAUGUUACAUAGGAACGAACCAGUGAAGAAAGAUGUGCUGGAAAGACCACCCAAAGAAGUGGCUGAGGUUACUACUAACAAGUACUCUUUCAGUCCAGAGUCUGAUCCACUGGAACCAGUGAGGAGGCUCCCUCCAUUUAGAGAAACAGGAAAGGAGCUGAUGACUCUUAGUAAAGCUCUAGCUUGCUCAAGGCAUCAUAUAAAUUCUGUGAAGCAAGGUGGAGAAUACUUUCAUAUACUUCACCAAGAAUCACCAGAGAGGAAGAAUGCACUGAAAGCAGCCCAGCAGGCUCAGGUCACAAGAUGGAGAACUGAGUUCCAGCCACCCAGAUGCUCCUCUGAUGUGGAGGAGUCAGAUGAAGAGAUAAACAUUUGCUCUCUAACAGAAGGCAACCACCUGAGGAAGUCGGGGAAGAAGAAAAAGACGACCUUGUGGUCUUUCACUCCUGUUUAUUCCAGUGUCUUGAUUUCAGUCCUCCCUGGAGCAAAAAGUAAAUGUAUUUUCCAACAACUGUGUGCCAUACACUGGCUUUUGGAAGCUUUCACUUUUGAAUCCAACGGUUUGAUGCAUUCAAUAUUAAGCUGUUAGAAUCAAAGGGACCCUGGUAGUUGUAAAAAAACAGCAAAAGAAACAGAAGAGGAAAAGUUAGCAACAUACAUGUGGGACCUCUUUAUUACAAACACAAAGCAGGACAUCAGCUCUGGUGUAUCUCAGCUUAACAGUCAGUCAUCUCCUUGUGGUCAAAUCCCUUGUGGCAGCAAAACUUCCACUGUACUUUGCUCUGAAGACGUCAAGAUUAAUGAAGCUUCAUCUGAUCUUAUGAGAAAAGGAACUUUUGAAUUUGUGAAUUACAACUUCAAGCAUAUAUGGCAUCCUUUCUGCAAGGAAGAGAGGAAUGCACUACUGAGUUGGCAUGUUUUUACAGAUUAUUUUUUUUUAUCAGCCCUACAGAAAGUCAUCAAGGUAACAAAUGAAGAUGUGUCAAAAGAUGUCCAUAAACGAAAAGAUAUGGUUAAGAAGAUAGGACUGCAAUGUUGCCAUAUCAGCUCUUUCAUUAAAAAUAAGUUUAGCUUGUGUGCUGAUAUGAGGCAGAAGUUCACAGCAGUAUGUGAAGAAGCAGCUUGUUGUUUACAUGAUACCCUAGUGACCCCUGAGAGAAGACAGGAAGAGCGAUGUUGUCAGAAAUGCUAGGCUUUGAAACAAUUGAAGUAUUUCAGAAGAGACAUGGACAGAAUAAGACAGCUGGGAAUGACAGCUGAAAGAAAACAUGAUGAAGGUAGACUAAACUGGUUUACUGUGUUGCUUGCCAGACUCCCAGAGUCUGUGAAGAGUGGCCAUUAUGUACAGAAAAUCUUAAAGAAACUGGAAAAAUAUGGCAAGAUUCCUGACCUGAAAAUUCAUCCAGACACCUUUCUUAAGGCCCUGGCUGAUCUACAGGUGGGGAAGCUGUGUUAUCCAGAAAUUGCUGCAGCUGUGGAGUUUGUACGUGAAAGUAUUGUGCAGAUGCUGGAAGAGGAUUUCAGCAAGUGGUUUCAGACAAGAGUAGCCCCUGUCAGUGGACAGUCUUCCACCUUUUAAUCAAAUGGCCAGAUGAGAUGGUUUUCCAGCUACAACUGUCUUCAAGCAGAAAACUACUGCCUGUUGAGAUUUGCCUCAAGGAAGACUAGGGAAGGAGGAGUCUGCUUUAGGAAGUCCCACUGACCACUCUUGCACAACUCAAAUUUGCCUCUCUGCAGUGGCUCCACUGCAGUCAGCCAUAGAAAAUAAAAGCUAAAUACUACUGCUCCUUCCUGCAUGAUGUCCUGAAACCACUGUCAAAUUUCAAUCUCAUCUAUCUGUGUAGGAUGAAGGCUGAGUUUCUAAUCACAGGACAGGUAAUUUCUUCAGACAUUCCUCAAGCAA